UUAGCUUCACGCUUUGGUUUCACGUUGCUGCCUGCUGUGACAUCUCGUGUCUGAGUAUUUAUUUGCUCUUAAAUAAUUGAGUUAACCUUGAUUAUACUUAAUACUUGUGUUUUCAUAUUCUUACUGAAACAUGAACGAUGAUUUGUCAAGUUAGCUGUAACGCCUGAUCCGUCUUUCUAACCUUGACUAAAUGCUCCAGUACUCUUACAUUAAUAGGAAUAUAUAGCGUUUUAAGUAUAUGAUGUUACGGAAUAUUUGUAGGUAUCACAGACAGUUUGGUGAGGGCAUUUGGCCAUUUUCUUUUCCUCAAAGGCAGCAUGUGCCUAGUUUAUCAACACACCUACAAAAGGCAAGAUAUGCCAGUGCCACAACAGAGAGAAAGAAGUUCUACGAGAAUGUCUCGAUAUCUCCAGGUGAAGGGGGUUUGUAUGAAAUAAACCUUGACAAACGAAAGCUGAAGACUCCAGGUGGAAAGCUGUUCACAGUGUCCAAUGAAGCUCUUGCCAUAGCGGUUGCAACAGAGUGGGACGUUCAGAAGGACACGCUGAAGUUUUACACCAUGCACUUAACCACCCUUUGCAACACAGCACUUGAUAACCCAACGCAAAGGACGAAGGACCAAAUGAUCUCAGCUGCUCUAAAGUUUUUGGAGACUGACACAAUCUGUUACAGAGUAGAAGAGCCUCCAGGUCUUGUAGAACUUCAGAGAAAUGAAUGGGACCCUGUAAUGAACUGGAUAGAACAAAGGUACAAUGUAGUAAUUGGCUCGUCCACCAGUAUAAUGGGCCCUCAAAUCCCAGAGGAGACUAAGGAGACAUUUCGUCAACACCUUAAUUCCUACAAUUUUUGGUCUCUGACAGGGCUUGAGUAUGUGAUCACUCAGCUGAAAUCAUUGGUCUUGUCCUUUGGGCUGAUUGACAGACACCUAAGCGUGGAACAAGCGGUUCUUCUGUCCAGACUUGAGGAAGAAUACCAGAUCCAGCAAUGGGGAAAUGUGGAAUGGGUCCAUGAUUAUGACCUGUACGAGCUGCGAGCACGAACAGCUGCUGGUGCAAUGUUUGUGCAUCUGUCUUCUGAAAGCACAGCUGUCAAGAGAAAAAUUUUACAGGACUGAUAAGGCCAAAAAGGCACUGUUUGAGACUGAAAAAAAUUGAUUUUUGUUAUCUCUGUGCUGUUUUCCUUUUACAGUAAGCUGCAGUGACACCAGUUACCUAACCGGUAAAAUGCUGUUGCUGUCUAGUUAUGUUUUGAGCAAUAAUAUAGAUGUCUAAGGUCAUGAUAUGUAUUAUUAGUUUCAACAGCUGCCAAAUGGAAAGACUCUACAUACAAAAUCCCAGUAUUUUAAUGUCAAUGUGAAACUGUUUAGCUAAUAUGUUGGAAACCAAAAUUACAUUUUGAUAUGUAAUCAUGUGCACAUGUCUGACUGAGGCAUCUCAUUUAUUUUUACUAACCCAGUCUCAUGUUUUUCUAAGCAGUUCCCUUAAGGUCAAAGUCACACAUUAAAAAACAUAUAUGUUUUUAAGUGCAUAGUACGAAAGGGAAAUCUGCUACAUAACCAUUAGUAAUAUAUAUCAAACCCGCGGUAAAAAGCAAAGUCAGUGGAAUCACUGCUGACCCUUUAAUUAGCUGGCGUGUCAUU